UGUUGACCUUCGGAAGUGUGGAGUAUCGUGUUACGUAGUUAUUUGCCACAUGUGUUUAACAUUGUUUUAAAUUGAACUAAAAAGGUUGAAUUUAUCACGUUGAUUUAGAAUUUAAAAUGUCUGAUAAAGAACCAAGGAAACGAAGGAAAAAGAAGGAACUCCAUAAAAAAGAGGACUUGUCUGCAGAGGAAUCUGUUCCAACACCUCGAGAGAAAUCACAAGAGCAUACUUCUAAAGAAAGUGAGCGGGAUGUUAAUGAACUGUUAGUUUGUAAUGAGCCCAAUGGAUUUGCAAAAUGUGUUUUUUUCAUUCUUUUCUCCAUCCUGGUGGUCGCUGUUGCUGCCGUGUUUUUAGCCCUUCAUGGAGCUGAUAGAGGAGCAUUGGAUUUCAUGAGUGAAUCUGAACAUGUAGAAAAUGAAGAGCCUUUAUUUCAUGCUGAAAUUCAUCCAGAAUGGGAAGAAGCAGAGGAGGAUGAAGGGUGGACACCCAUUACAGAAACAAAAGAACAUGAAGAAAUAAUUGAAGACAUUGUGGAAGGAUUACAUGAAAAGAUUGAAACACCUUCUCGUGCCGAAGAAGCAAAACUUACAGAUGAAGAAACUGUACAAUAUAUAUCAGAUAUUGAAGAUUUUGAUAAAGAAAUAGAUAAACGCAAUGGUGAAGAAAACAGAAACCUUGCUGAUGAUGUAUCGGUAGAAAUGGAAUUAAAAGAUAUUAAUACAGAGACACAAACUGAAGAGAUUCCAAAAGAUAUACAGUUUGUGGAUGUGUUAGAGAAAACAUUAAAUCAAAAUCUUCCUUAUUCUUCUGAAGAACUACCUAGUCCUCAACCAGGUGCAAGCAUCCCAGAAGAAAUUGCUCAAAGUCCUAGUCGGGAUGAAGAAAUUAGUAGUUUAUCAACAAAUGACAAGCAAAGUUCUAGUCCACAUGACAAAGAUGAUAUAUUAAUUCAAGAAGAAGUCAGUGAAGAACAAAUUAUAUUCCACAAGUCAGCAGAUCAGGCAGACCAACCUACACCUCCCGUCCAGUCCGAUGCUGUCCCUGAAACCCUGCCAGAUGUUUCACAAAAAACAAGUGACGAUGACAAAACUUCAGAAUGGGAUGCUCAACAUAGUAUUCGUGAAGAAGAACACACUGGUGUUCCUGCAAGCCCAAUGUAUGAAAAAGAAGAUAUAACAAAUAGCAUUGACUUUGAGAUUAAAGAUGAAUUAGACGAGGCGGACAAUAAUUUAGAGAAAUCUCCGGAGAAAGCUUUAAAACACUUUGAAGAGCUGCUAAAGCAGCACCCUCAAAGUCCUCGUGCAGAAUAUGGGAAAGCUCAAAGCUUGGACAGGAUGGCUGAACAGCAACGCAGUAAUUCCUUAUUAGAACAAGCAGUUGCUGCCUACCAAGAUGUCCUCAGUAUGCCCAAAGUCCCGGACAAAUUGUAUUUACUUGCUGCUAACCGAGCAGUAGAUAGAAUGAGAUUUAGAGGUCUGUUAGGAAAAGCUCUUAACUUACAGAAGCAUUUAGCCGACAAAUAUCCAGAAAAUGUUAAUAUCCAUAAUCAGUUGGCUGUGACAUACUUGCUAGUGGGAAAAGGACAAGAAGCUAAGAAAGUGUUAAAAAAGAUUAUUAAAAAGCACCCAGAUAUUGGAUAUGCUAAAGUCCAUUACGGUUUCAUCUUGAAGACUGAGGACAAUAACUAUGAUGAUGGAAUUAAGUACCUGCGUGAAGGAAUUGCAACACGAGAACCUGGUGUUAUAGAUGGAAGGUUUUUUUUUCACCUGGGUGAUGCACUUGCUAGAACUGGAAAGAAGGAUGAGGCUAUGGAGGUAUAUGAGCAGGGUGUAAAAGAGGGAGUCUUCCUUUCUGCAUAUCAGAGAUCUCUUUACAAUGUGAAAGGGUUGAAAGGCCAACCCUGGUGGAUGCCAGAAGAAACAACAUAUUACAACUACAUUCUGCUGUUAGAGAAAAACUGGAAGAUCAUUAAAAAUGAAGCUCUUGCCAUCCUAAAUGAACAGCAGUCUGGUUUUCGACCAGAGAGUGAAGGGUUGCGGGACACGGGUGACUGGAAACAGUUUGAAAUGUUUGCUAGAGGUCAGAAAUUUGCCAAAAACUGUGACAGAGUGCCUCGGACUUGUGCUUUGAUUGAGAAUAUACCCGAUGCUGUUGGAUGUAAACGAGGACAGGUGAAAUUCUCUGUCAUGCAACCUGGCACUCACGUCUGGGCUCACACAGGUCCUACUAAUUGCAGACUUCGAGCUCAUCUUGGCCUUGUCAUUCCAAAGGGUGUAAGAAUUCGGGUGGCAAACGAAACAAGAGAAUGGACUGAAGGCAAGACAAUUGUGUUCGACGAUUCCUUUGAGCACGAAGUUUGGCACAACGGUAACCAGUCACGUCUUGUGCUGAUUGUAGAUUUCUGGCAUCCAGAGUUAACAGCGCACCAGAAGCGUACUUUGACUCCCAUCUGAAUACGACACUUUGAGUGCCUUAUAAUUUCAGUGUGGAAAUUGAAACUAAAUGAAAUAGAAGCUAGUGCUUUUUAUUUUACUGCCAGCCAAAGCUUUACCCCAAUUAUUUACUUGUAAAAAGUCAUUUAACUCACCUAAGAUAUUGUAAUGAUGAUAUACUCAUUCUAAUGCUAGUUAGAGUUUACGCUUAAAAUAUACAAUUUAUUUGACAUGUUAUUAAAGACAAUUUUUAAUUUAAUAAAAAUUUUUGUUGUUUUUGAAAUGGGGGUAGUAGAAUAAGAAAUGAAUAAUCCUGGUUAUCAACACAAACUAUUUUUGUUAGAGUAAAUGAAAAGUGAUUUAAAACAAAUGUUUACUUUCAAGAUCUCAAGGUAUGUGGUUUAGCAUCCAAAUCUAUAGAGCAUAUAAUUUAUAGAAACCUUUAUUUUCUUUGAUGUUUUGUUUGUCAACUCGUAAGAUACAGAAUACAAAAUAUUAUUAGUACAUGCAAGUGUGUAUUUUAGGCUGUAUAGAAAAUAUCCGAGAUACAACGAAAUAAAUAUUACAGAGUAUAUUCAAUUUUAACAAAAGUAGUAUUUGACUCGGUCCGUGAAUUUUUAAGGUGUCGAGUUGUGUUUAAAAAAAUAAGGUAGCUUCUUGUUAAAAUUGUAUUUGUAUAUCCUGUGUUGUUGUAAUUUGUAUGUGAUGUUGUGCUAGAACAUGUUUUUUAAUAGUUUUUAUAGUCAGUCAUAAUUACCAUCCUAUAGUAGUCAUUUGAUUUGUAAAAGUUUAUUUAUUUAUUAAAAUUUUUGUGUAUCCAAGUUAAAACAGGUGCAGCUUUUUAGAAAUCAAGUUAAUAGGUUUGUGAAUGACGUGAGGUCAUAUGUAUGUUAUGGAAUUUAUCAGAGUAACAAGUAUUUAUGUUUUGGAAUUUCUAACUCUUAAAAAGAAAAAAAAAUUCAUAUGAAUACAUCAUUCUUUCAAUGAGAUAGUAUCGUCACUGUGUCUCAUGGUAUAUUUUGUAUCCCAGAACCAGUUGGUCAAAUAUUACUGUUUUGGUUCAUAAAAUUGUAUCUUGAAAGGUAUUACUUAUUUUUAGUUUGUUCUAGUAGAAUAUAGGAAAAAAAGAUUUAUAUAAAACUUAAGUUAAACUAUUGCAGGGGUCUUACAAAUGUGAAUACUUACAAUGCAAUAGAACUUUCUGAAUAUAUAAAAAAAUUAAAUUCUGUGGAAAUCGUUUUUAAAUUUAAGAAAUUAAGUAUAUCUUAUUCUGUUAGCACUAAUUGUUUUAAAGGUUUUGAUGUUUUACUUAACUGACUGUUUAAGUGGAAAUGAAAUCUAUAUGUGCAUCGUAGCUUUCACAUGUUCUUCAUUAAUAUCUUUGUUGGUCUUUUUCUUUUAAGCAAAUCACAUGUAAUUAAUAAGCUAGAGACUACUGAUGUAUUGUAUCGAUUCUUAACUUGUUGUUUAGAAUUUACUACUAAAUAUUUAUUUAACUAAAAAACAAUCUGUCUCAAAAUUAACAGUGAGAAUUGAGACUUGGCACUAGACAGAGAACAGAUUUCCUGUUGCCAACUGAGCCAGGAAGGUUUUAUGAACUAUUUUAAUUCUUUUAUAAUUACACUCUUCAUUGUUUCUAAAGAUGGAUUUAACAGUGUUGAAACCUGUAAGCUAAAUGCCAACUUCCCUUUCAUCGUGGAAUGAUCCCAAAGUGCAAAUCAUAUUUAAAUUUCAUUCUUUAAAAAUACUUUUUUAUAGAGGGAGAGAGAUAAUGUUUAAUAAAUUCUCAUAAUAAAAAAAGAGAUACAUUUUUUUAUUUUUUGUAAAUGAUUAUUUUUGAAAACCAGUUAAAGUAUGUCAUUAUCUUGGUUAUUUGAACAAACAUAAUUUUGUUUUUCCAGGCAUGUAUAACAUUUUGUUAAACCAGCAAUUUUUGUUAUAAUUAGCACAGCUGAAAAACUACUAUAAGUGUAAACUGUGAUUACUUAAAAAAGUACAAUAUUUAUUUUGGUGCAAACGUUUUUUUAAUUAGCCCUCAGAAUUUAAACAGUAGAAUAUAAUUAGACCUGUGAAAAGUUAGUUAUCAGUUUUUAUUAUCAUAUUUUUAUGUCAACAAGUGUUUUAAUUCUCAAAAGAAAGGCUACUUAUUCAUAAAUAAUGUUCUAAAGAAAACAGAGUGAAAAUUAGGUAACUUGAGAGUUAUGAAUACUGCCACAUCAUGGCAAAAGUGAAAAGUUUCUGAAUUAGGAAUUCCCUACUACAGAACAAAACAUUACAAUUAUUACUCCAAAGUAGGGUCUGUUGAAAGUUAGUAUUUUUUCAUCUUGGUGAAAGCGGCACAUUGUUCAACAGGUUUCCAGAUACAAAAAACAUUUAAGAAAAGCCUUUUUAUAGCAACAAGUUUAAGCCUAAGUAGUGCAAAGCAUUAAAAAAAAAGUAAUAUAAAUAAUAAUUAUGAAAUAGGUUUUGGAUUUGAACACAUCUUCAGUAAUGAGAGUUUUGCAAAUUAAAGUAAUGACCUAUUAUAUUGCUAUGAACACACUUAACAGUUUUGCCUCAUUAAAAUUCUACCCUACCAAAUUGCAUUUAGUCAAAAUAGUCUUUUAAAGGUUUUUAUUUAAUCAUUGGCAUUUUUUUUUUUAUAAAGAGAUAUAAUGCUUGUCUUCUUUAAUAACAAUAAAAGUAUUAGAACAUAUAAUGUAAUGUUUGGAUAUCGUUGUGGUGAGAUGAUUCAAAGAAAUCAUAUAAUAUAGGGAAGUUUGUGUUGAAUUUAUAUGAAUUGAAAUGAUUUGAAAACUUUGUGUAAGUAAUUUUUUUAUAGGGAAAAUAGUACAAGGAAGAAUGAGAAAUGUAGGAAAACAAAAUGUAUAAAAUAUUAUUGUUUUUGAAUCGCUUGUCAGAUGUUUAAAUGCGUGUGUGUAUUUGUAGUGAGCCUGUAUGUCUCCUCUUAUAUAUUAUGUUGAUUUAAAUGUACUGUUUUUAUGUUUGUAUACUACAAGAGUGACAGUGUCCUGGAAAACUUGACCUGCUCUAGCAUUUGGAGCAUGUAAGAAAUAACUAUUGUUGGGACAUAACUCAAGCAAAUCAUUUUUACCCACCCUUUAAACUACUAAUCUUGUAAAGCUUGGUUUUCAAUGUUAUUUGAAAACUAACUUAAGUGUUCUUAUUUGAAUCAUUAGUUGAAUUCUUGAUCUUUUGAAAGCUUAAUUCUGAAUUCUUAACAUAGUAAGUUGAUGAUAUAAAGUUCAUUGUUAUGGUUUCUAAGAUCUUAAUAAUGAAUUCUUGACAUAGUAAGUUGAUGGUAUCAGGUUUUCUGUUUGGGUUUUUAAGAUUUUAAUAAUGAAUUCUUGACAUUGUAAGUUGAUGAUAUCAGGUUUUCUGUUUGGGUUUUAAAGAUUUUAAUAAUGAAUUCUUGACAUAGUAAGUUUAUGAUAUAAGGUUUUUCUGUUUGGGUUUCUAAGAUCUUAAUAAUGAAUUCUUGACAUAGUAAGUUGAUGAUAUAAAGUACUUUUUUAGGGUUUCUAAGAUCUUAAUAAUGAAUUCCUGACAUAGUAAGUUGAUGAUAUAAGGUUAAUUGUUAGGGUUUCUAAGAUCUUAAUUCCUGACAUAGUGAGUUGAUGAUAUAAGGUUUUCUGUUUGAGUUUCUAAGAUCUUAAUAAUGAAUUCCUGACAUAGUAAGUUGAUGAUAUAAGGUUUUCUGUUUGAGUUUCUAAGAUCUUAAUAAUGAAUUCCUGACAUAGUAAGUUGAUGAUAUAAGGUUUUCUGUUUGAGUUUCUAAGAUCUUAAUAAUGAAUUCCUGACAUAGUAAGUUGAUGAUAUAAGGUUCAUUGUUAGAGUUUCUAAGAUCUUAAUUCCUGACAUAGUAAGUUGAUGAUAUAAGGCUCAUUGUUAGGGUUUCUAAGAUCUUAAUUCCUGACAUAGUAAGUUGGUGAUAUAAAGUUCAUCGUUAGGGUUUUGUUCUGUACUUCUGCUUUAUCAUGAAAGUAGUUUUUCUUUCUUUUCUUCUAGUUUGUUACUUGAAUGAAAAAAGUAGGUUAACAUGAGAUAGUUUUAUUUGUAGUCACAAGAACUGAAUAAUUUUUAUAUUGCGAUUCGGUCAAUAUGAGCAUUAUGAUUGAAACAAAACUGAAAGAUUUAUGGUUCCUAUAGGUGUACUUAAACUUGUCAUCUGGGUAUGUCCUGAGUCCUUUAUAAUUAAAGACACGUUCUGAUUUUGUCAUAGUGCAGCUUUUUAAUGUCGAUUAGCUAUUAGUUUCUUAGAAUCAUCAUAUUUAGUGCAGUUACUAAAUAAAAUAACUUUACCUUCCCUCCUGUUAAGUAAAGGAUAACACACUGGUAAGUUUUGAAACAUGAAAUAUUUUUAUUAAUUAUUCCUACUGUGGUUGUAAUAUCACUCGCUCAAUGAAGUAUUAAGUGGCAGUAGUUAUUUGUUGAGCUUCAACGGACCACAUUUCAUUCGAUCCUUUUGUCAAUUCUUUUUACCAGUUCUCUUUCUUUCAAUACUUUGUGGAAAGACCUAAAUUUAUUUCGAUUUAGCGAUCAAGUGUAUCAGAAUGAAGAACAAAUAUAUGUAUUAAAAUGGUGCUAUUGGACUGUUGCAUUUUUUUUUAUUGUAUCCAAUCUUAUCAAUAAUAAAUUCUGAUAUUUCACACUGUCUUGCUGAUUACUGACGUUCAUUGUAUUAUAAUAGCUGAAGACACAAUGCAUAAAAAAAAGUGUUGAAUACAAAUGCCAGAUCGUGGAUUUAUCUUAAUCCUUCUUUUCAAAAUUCUCCAGCACAUCAGCGGUAAGCUUCGGGGGCUUAUGAUGUUUAAAUCCAGGGUACGAUCCAUGCAGCUUACAAUAACUAUUUAUAAGAGUUUUUCUCAAAAUUCACCUGUGUUCUAUUGAUCAUAGAAGAAACUUCUCUAGUAUUAUCUCUCAUCCGAAAUCGUAGAGAAAAUCUGUUUAGAUCCUUAUAAAAUUGUUCAUGUUAAUACGACAUGAUUAAACGUGAGAAUAAAAUAUUUACAACAUUAUUUCAUGAUUGUUUCGGUAGUUUCACACUAAAGAAGCUAGACAGUACAUAGAAGUUUCGUUUACUAAUCAGCACAUUUAAAAAGUUGCCUUUUUGUUGAGAAGCGCUUUAAAGGAAAGUUUUAGGGUAAAGAAAUCAUUUGGUUUGAUAAGCUGUUAAUUCAUUGCGUGUCAGGCAGGAAUAAGUAAUUCGUAUGUCAUUAGGUAUAAAGGCAGACCACGAAUGAAAAGUAUUAAAAUGAGUAAUAUUUAGUAAUAAUGUUCAUCACUUAGUCAUUUUCAGAAUGUUAAUUUUUUUUUAAAGCGCUUUGAUAAUCCGUGUCACGAAGUUAAAAUGAGACAAACUGGCGGAAAUUUGAAAAAAAAAAGAGUAGAUUGCCAAACUUUUUAUAUUCUUUGUCGCUGUCUUCAUUUGUAUGUUUUUUUAUAUGGUUAAAUUUUCUAUAUACCCGUCUUACUACAGGGUAACAACUGAAUGACAUUUCUGUGGUAAUAAAUUUGAUAUAAAGACUUAAUUUUACAUCGUGACUUAUGUUAAAUCACAAGUAAUUGAUUAUGUAGGUUAGUUACACGUAGCCCCCCAGUGGCACAGCGGUAUGUCUGCGGACUUGCAACGCUAGAAUCCGGGUUUCGAUAUCCGUGGUGGGCAGAUCACAGAUAACCCAUUGUGUUGCUUUGUGCUUAAUCUCAAACAAGCUACACGUAGCGGUUUUAAGUUCAUUAGAAAGCCUUUUUAUUCAAGUAUAAAGUUCCUUUGAAUGAUAAAACUGAAGAGUGUAACGAGGGACAGUUAAUAUUCUUUUUUAUUUUUCUAUAAACCUAGAUGUUUUUUAUCUCAUCUUAUAAAAGCAAUUGAUGAAUUAUGUCUGUUGUUUGUAUUUUAUAUUGUUUGUUGGCAUUUAUCAUAUAAUGCAUAUGAACCCCUGUAAAAGUGUUUUCUUCACGUUAUUUCUCUCAGAUGAAAAAAAAACACCAUGAGUUUUGGACGUGUGUCAUCAAUUCACUGGUGUUCAUAAGGUAACCGAAGCUAUUUGGAAAUAAAAUAGUUUAAAUUUUGAUUGUUUUAUACGAGUUUGAUGGAUAGCACGUAAAAAAAAAAUGUUUGAAGAAUUUGUUAAAUGAAAUUUGCUUAACAUAUUGUGUGUAUUAAAUCAACAUAUUUUUCGUUGUGACUGAAAAAUUGUGUUUGGUAUUGGUAGGAAAUAUUUUUAAAAAGUCAAGUUAUUUAGUGUUUAAGAACAAAAGUCGUUAAUUAAGAACUCUUGGGAAAGUUUAUUUUGUAAAUUUUGCGAACCUGACGUGACUUUAGCUUUUAUAAUGAUUAAGAAAUGCACUUCGCCAUCAACAGAAAUUGUACAACUUUCUGUGUUUGUGUAUGUGAUGUCUUGGCGUAGUUAUAUUUGAUUGUAAUCGUUUUUGGUUGUGAAUUAAUCUUACAAGUCUGCACAAAUAAAGAGAAAAUAUUCGAUUCUGAC